AGGGCGAGGACUCAAGAAGCAAAAUUCUCGCGAUCCAAAGGCGACUCCUCGAGUAAACGCACAGCGGCAAAUCAAACGUUCAAUGGCGGACCAGAUCUUGCAUGCUCGAGACUUCGGCGAGCUAUGUGCACUGCAUGGUUAUAUGCCAGAAGAGCAUGUCGUUUUGACGAAAGACGGGUACUUGUUGGGCCUGCAUCGUAUCUCGUCAAAGAAGGGUCAACAGAAUUCAAGGCCUGGUAUAAGUACUGGGAAGCCGGUGGUUUACCUUCACCAUGGCUUGUUGAUGAAUAGCGAGGUGUGGGUUUGUUUGACUGAUGCGGAGCGGGCGUUACCUUUUGUGUUAGUGGAGCAGGGUUUUGAUGUUUGGCUGGGGAAUAACAGAGGAAACAAGUAUUCCAAGAAGAGCAUUCACCAUGGCCCCAAUUCCACGAAAUUCUGGGAUUUUAGUAUUGAUGAUUUUGCAUGGCACGAUAUUCCAGACUCGAUACAAUACAUAUUAGACAUUACCAAAGCCCCCAAGCUAAGCUAUGUCGGUUUCAGCCAGGGAACGGCACAGGCUUUUGCCGCUCUCAGCAUCCAUCCUCAGCUCAACGAAAAGAUCAACGUGUUUAUUGCGCUAGCCCCAGCCUUGAGUCCUGCGGGUCUAUCUGCCUCAAUCGUUGACGGGCUCAUGAAAUCAUCGCCUACUUUGAUGUUCCUUUUCUUCGGCCGUAAAUCAAUUCUGUCUUCCGCUACGAUGUGGCAGUCAAUUCUAUACCCACCUAUCUUUGCCAAAGUCAUCGACGUCUCCCUUAUCUGGAUGUUCAACUGGCACAAUCGUAAUAUAACUCCUUCUCAGAAGAUUGCCGCGUAUGCCCAUCUAUAUUCCUUCGCUUCGACCAAGUCCGUGGUUCAUUGGUUCCAGAUCAUGCGCAAUGGUGCAUUUUUGAUGUACGAUGAUGAGGUGAUGUCUCCAGUCGUUCGUACGUCCGUGAGCUCCUACCGACCCGCACGCUUCCCAACCAAAAACAUUGCGACUCCAAUUGUUUUGUUAUAUGGUGACCGCGACAGUCUUGUAGACAUUGACGCCAUGAUGAGCCAACUCCCUGAACACACGGAGGCUCGACGUCUUCACUCGUAUGAACAUAUAGACAUUCUGUGGGGCAAGGAUGUGGAUAGAGAUGUUAUUCCGGAAGUUUUGGAUGCACUGAAGAGGUACUGCGAAGAUAAGGACAAGUUAUCAGGGAUAGUAAAUGGAGUAAAAAGAACAGGAGAUGGGACAGAGACUGAUGGACUUUCGGAUUCCUUCUAGUCUAACUUCAAGUGCAUUAUUCAUUUCUAUAGUAUACCCAUAUGCUGUAUCACCCACAUACUGUAGCACCAGAUUAUAUAAAUGCCAAUAAAGUACCUUCUCACCA